AUGGGUUUCUUUCGAUCGUUAACCGCCAUUGUCGUCGGCAUAUCGAUUGCCGUGGCUCAAUCAACCACCAGUACCAUUGAGAGCAGUGCGUCGUCAAGCGCAGCCGCUACUCACACGGUUUUGGUGGGCGCACAGCAUGACUUCCGCCCAGAUUCCAUAGUAGCCAACGCAGGCGACAAAAUCUUAUUCAAAUUUUACCCCCAGAACCAUUCCGUGGUUCGGGCUGAGUACAAAUUCCCCUGCGUACCAUACAAUUACAUCAACCCCGGCGGUGAUACCUUCUUUAGUGGACCCAUGGAGUCGCAGGAUGGAGACGACCAACCAUCAUGGACGUUGGAAGUGAACAACACCGAGCCCACGUUCUUCUAUUGCUCGGCGCCCGGGUCAUGUAUCGACUACGCAAUGGUCGGGGUCAUUAAUCCGGUAUUUUCCCAAAACGAAUCAGCAAAGACCCAUCUAACACCAUCACAGAAUGAGACGAUGACAUUGGAUACCCAAAAAGCAUGGCAAAAGAACGUGACAUUUCAACUCAGUCCUGGCGAAGAUCCCCCGCUGGAAUCGCCGAGCGCAUCAACACCUUCAGGUGGCCCGGCCUCAGAAACUGCGUCGCCGCCGGCUUCUUCGGGGGGCGGUUCGGGUCUCUCUGGGGGCGCAAUUGCCGGAAUUGCUGUUGGCGGAGCUGCCGUUGUCAUCAUUGCCGUGGCUCUGAUUUAUAUUUGUGGACGUAAGGGUGGAAUCGAAAAGGGCUACAGGCGAAGUGCGGUGAAUCCAGCAUCGGCACCAAUGGUCGAGGCCCAGUACGGCAACCAACCGAAGAGCCCCCCGCCCGGGUCCAUGAACUCGCCGUACGCAGCAGCAGGACAGAUGGAUCCGCUCCGUCCAGGGAGUCCAGCGCAAUGGAGCUCGUAUAUGGGCAGUCCGCACAACUCGUACAUGGGUCAUCCGAGCCCAGGAAUGCCGGGUUACAACGCCGCAAGUUCAUUUGGUCCCGGCCAGGAUCGUAAUUCCAUCUAUGAACCAUCCAAGUCACCGGAGCCUUUCCAACCACCACCCGUAGAACUUCCCGGAAGUAUCGGCCAAGGCGGAUUUGAUCGAUCACAGUACCAGACCGAGCUCCCUGGGAGUCACCCCGGCAGUCCCGAUCCGGAUUCCAAUACAUGGCAACACCCAACGCACCGUCAGGAUUGA